CAUUCCACAAUUGCCAUCAGCUGUUCGUACAUCAAAAGUCAAAUUGGACAACCUUGGGAGCAAUUUAGUAGACGAUUUUUACGAGGCCUUUUAAAACAUAAAUUUUGAAGACGCGUUUCCUUAAAAAUGUCGGUACCGUUCACCGUGCGGACGCACUCACGCCAAGUAUGCAGUCUAUACAAGAGAGCACUACGUAAUCUGGAAGCGUGGUAUGACCGCAAAAAUAUUUUCCGGUACAGAGCGGUUUUACUGCGCCAACGAUUUGACAAAAAUCGUAGUGUCACUGACAUGGCGGAAGCCUCUCGCUUGUUAGCUGCUGGCGAACAAGAAUUGUUCGAGACCAAACAUUUCCAGCCUAGAACCUUUGCCAACAGUGCUGGUGGCUGCGCCUUUGAACGAGAAGUUAUUCCACCAGAUUGGGUUAUCGACUAUUGGCAUCCCUUGGAGAAAGCACAGUAUCCAGAAUAUUUUGCCAAGCGAGAACAACGCAAGCAGGAAUUUGUUGCUUGGUGGGAAAAACAGUACGGCAAACCAGAUCCAAAGGAUUUAGGUCACCAUUAAAGAAGCAUUGCAUUAAAUCUUGAGCGCAAAACAAAAAACGAGAAGGCUCAUUUAAUAAGUACCGAAAUACCGAAACAUAAACUGCAAAUGGUAAUAUAAGUAUAGCAAAUAAAAAAUGCGAAAACCC